AUGGCAGUCGUGACGACGGAUAAAACUGUCGUGUGGCCGCUUCGCUAUCCGCAGAGGAAAUCAUACGUCCGUCGUCAACGCACAACACCACAGAGCACACCGUUCCCAUGCGCGGACGCAGUCGCGUUCGGUCGCAGCGCCUCCCCGCCGACCUCGGUGCAUCGGCUGCGACCAGGCGACAUUGAAGUGGUCGCUGCUAUAGGGGAUUCCCUUGUGGCUGGCAGCGGGGCACUCGAGGAAUACGCACUAGGCGCCUUCAUAGAAUACAGAGGUGUAUCAUGGUGUGCAGGUGGUGAUAAUACGUGGCGGGAAUUCCUCACAGUGCCGAAUAUUCUGAAGGUGUUCAACCCAAAUUUGCGAGGGUUCUCUACAGGCACGGGAGAAUGGCUGGCGCCUAACGCCCGCUUUAAUGUAGCCUUCCCUGUCGCCUCAGAUGGGGAUGCCCUCAAGCAGGCAAAGAUAAUUAUAGCGCGCAUGAAGGCUUCCUCUGACAUAGACUAUGAGCGAGAUUGGAAGAUGGUGACGAUAUUUUUGGGUGCCAAUGAUCUCUGCUCUGCCUCGUGUCUGUCGCCUGUCGCGUGGUCGCCGGCUGCGCACGCGCGCAAGCUCGGCAAGGCGCUCGACUAUCUGUACGCGCAAAUGCCUAGGGUUUUUAUCAACUUGAUUCCGGUUCUAGACGUGUCUGUGUCUGUGCGCGUGGGGCGGCCGCUGAUGUGCCGCCUGAUGCACCCGCUGUUCUGCACGUGCUUCCACCGCGGCGGCUCCGAGCUGUCGCGGCUCGUCACCAUGGCGCGCCUCUACCAGAAGGCCGAGGCGCAACUGGUGAGUGUAGAUGCCCCCUAA